AUGCCAAUCACUUUGUCCUCUCUCAAGAUUGGCCUUGCUGCUCUAAAAAACGAUGCUCAGCCUCUCAUUGAUGAGCUAAAAACUAAACUUACUUCUGGAAUAUCGAUCACUGAUGAAGAGGAGAAAUGGCGGGAUCAUGAAGCAAACUUCACAGAUGAAACAUUGCUUCUUGCUGAGCUCCAACAUGCAAUGGACUUUCAGAGUGCCCUUGACUCCCUCUCAAACAACCAGAGAGCAAUUGCCCAGUGCAUGCAAGCUGCAAGUGGUGUUGAAAGUCAAAACUUGGGGAUGGUUGCAAAUGUUGUGCGAUGUGAAUCCAACCCAAACUUAAAGCGCUCUCAAAGAGUUGUUCCAGACCCAGAUGAAGAACCAUCAGCAAAGAAGCAGCUGUCAUAUCCAUACAACUCCAGACCUCCAUGCCUGAUUCUGGACCUCCAUCUCCUCCAGAGCUCCACAUCCUCCACCACCUCCUCCCCCUGUUGGUUGUUGCAAGCCCACUCUACCUCUGGCUCCAACACAAUGUCCAACACUACCUCCAGUCUGACUCUGGUUUACUCCGGGUCCAAUCCCAACCUCGUACCUUCCAGACCAGAGCUUGUGAUGCUCCACACCUCCGGCUCCAGACUCCUGUACCAGAACCCCAUCGCACCUCUACCUCCAGAACUCCAGUCACAUCUCUAUCCCCAGACUUUGACCUCCUCCUCUGUCUUAUCUCCUUGUAUUCUUUAUUGCAUUUCAUUUAUUAUGUCUAGCCAAUAUUCCGGACUUUGA